CCAUUGGCUGCCCGGCCGGGAGGCGCUGAGGGGCGGGAAGGUGCUGAGGGAGCGGUCUCGCAGCUAUGUCUGCCGGUGGGACGCUGAGCAUCCUGCGCAGCGAUUCCUACGCGGAUCUCAGCCAGUACCGGGACCAGCACUUUCGGGGGACGCGGUACGACCAGGAGCGGCUGCUGAGGAAGAGCUGCACGCUGUACGUGGGGAACCUCUCCUUCUACACCACGGAGGAGCAGAUCCACGAGCUCUUCGGCAAGAGCGGCGACAUCAAGAAGGUCAUCAUGGGGCUGGACAAAGUGAAGAAAACCGCCUGCGGCUUCUGCUUCGUGGAGUAUUAUGCAAGAGGAGAUGCUGAAAAUGCCAUGCGAUACAUCAAUGGAACCAGACUUGAUGAUAGGAUCAUAAGGACAGACUGGGAUGCAGGCUUUAAGGAGGGUAGACAGUAUGGUCGUGGAAGAUCAGGGGGCCAGGUCCGAGAUGAAUAUCGGCAAGACUAUGAUGCUGGAAGAGGUGGCUAUGGCAAAACUGUUCAAUGCCAGUGAAUAAUGAAUGAUUCAUCAGCCUCACAGGAGAACUAAAUCUGGAUUGUAAAUGGCAUGAGGCACAGAGUAGGUCUGUUGCAUACAAAUUUAUGUAGCUAGAAAUUCACAGAAACUACCAUCCAUGUUCCUGUGAUCACAUAGUAUGUUCAAUAUCUCUUCUAAUACCCAGAUCCAAAGUGUUGCAGAGUACGUUAACACAGAGGAUCUGGGAGCAGGGUUUUAAGCAAUAGUAUGGGUGAGGCUUUGGUCUCUAAAUGCUGCUGUAACUCUACUAAAAUUAACAAAGGUUUAACAGUAUGGUGCUUUUUUCACUGGCAAAACUUGAUUAUUCUGUCACUGGGUUUUGUUUACAUUGGUAUCACAGGGUGGAGAGCAGUGAUGAAAGGAGUAUUAGUGUUAGUUUUGGAGAUGAAAGAAAAAGGCAAAGAUCCCAAAAAGGAACUGGCAUUUCUAGGCAAAUUUUCCAAUUUCUAGGAAAGAAUUAAAGUUGCAUAUUUUCUGAGGCUACUGGAUUAACAUCCUUUUAUACUGACACUGAUCCUAGCACACCUAUGUGAGUGGCCACAGUAAAACAAGUCAAAUUGAUGAGCCCAAAAGUAAUGAAGUGAGAAGCAAGCCUGGGAGCAAGCAGAAAACAGACCCUUGCAGUCUUCUACAAAGUAUAAUGUGACAUUUUGCUUUGUGAGAUAGAAACAACAGCAAGUAUAAGGAUCUCAGCUGGAGUAGUAGUAUUUUACUCCUGCCUGGUAGCUCUCUGCAGCCUUAAUAUUUGAGAACCAGUAACUUUCCUGUGCCUACAAGAGUGGCAUGAUGCCAAGUUACAGUUGUAACCCCAGAAAUGGGGUGAUUGACGAACUGUGAAAUUUGUUCUCAAAAUAGAUUUUCUAUUUGAGAAACCUGACUUCAGGCAAAAGUGAAAAUAAAAAAAGGCUGAGAUUUGAGAGGAGCCUUACUUUCUACUGAGUAUGUCACAGGAAUGGUACAAGAAUUGCAGGACUGUAUAGGGUUGGUGUUUUUGUUUUUUUUUUUUCCCCUCUGGAUCUUGUUAAUACUGCUAGUUUAUAUGAUGGCAUUUUGAGGUACUGCAAACAUAGGAAUAAAAAUAAUUAGUGAUCCUGAGAUCUAUGAAAUUGGCCUGCUGAAAUGAAAUAGGCUUUGGAUUUUUUUUUUCUUUAAAUGAAUUUGAGUUCUUUGGAAAUGGCAAUUCAUAAAGUUUUGUCCAAAUACCUUGUUGACCAUCACUCCUUAAAAACCUUUACAAUACCAGGUAUGUAAAAGUUGAUCUUUAAUCACCAAAGAUGCUGUUGGAAAUCUUGAUGUGUUUCUGAUGUACUAUUUGUCACAAAUUAGAAAUACAGUGUGGUAGAACAACUGCAACAAGACUUUGGUUGCUUAGGAAGCAAGGUUUUGGGUGGGCUUAGGUUUUUUUGGCACGUAGAGUAAAACUAGAUUUUCAGGAUCACUUGGUGCUGGUCUGCAAACAAGGCUCUGAAAAAAGUUACCUUUUUAUAUAUAGUACAUAUGAGUGUGAGUUUACAGCCUGUGAUCUGCUCUAGGAAACCUCUGAAAUUUAUUUUUCAUUGUAUCAAUUUUGUAUAAAAAAAUGUGUUACCAAAACACUAAGUCACUUUCAAAUAAAGCUACAUAACAUUAAAACAUUAAAA